UCCUGCUGAACUCUGCGAAGGUGUCGGAACUGCAGCGGUCCAAACGGAUCUUCACUCUGCUAUGACGUCUCUGCCCGGAUCGGUACCGCGGAUGAUGCGCCCGGCGUCAGGGCAGAACUACCCACGAACCGGAUUCCCCCUGGAAGUGUCCACCCCUCUGGGUCAGGGCCGGGUCAACCAGCUCGGCGGGAUCUUCAUUAACGGACGCCCGCUGCCGAACCACAUCCGGCACAAGAUCGUGGAGAUGGCCCACCACGGAAUUCGACCCUGCGUCAUCUCCCGCCAGCUACGGGUCUCCCACGGCUGCGUGUCCAAGAUCCUCUGCCGGUACCAGGAAACCGGCUCCAUCCGACCCGGAGCCAUCGGAGGCAGCAAGCCCAGGCAGGUGGCCGCGCCGGACGUGGAGAACCGGAUCGAGGAGUACAAACGGGAAAAUCCCGGAAUGUUCAGCUGGGAAAUCCGGGACCGACUGCUGAAGGACGGACUGUGUGACCGGAACACGGUGCCCUCAGGUGAGGCCUGCCCCGUCAGCUCCAUCAGUCGGGUUCUUAGCGCUCGCUUUGGGAAAAAAGAGGAGGAUGAGUGUGAACGAAAAGAUGGAGAGAAGAAAAGCAAACACAGUAUUGACGGCAUCCUGGCAGACAAAGGUAGCCAGCUGGACGAAGUCUCCGAUGUGGAGUCAGAGCCGGGCCUUCCCCUGAAGAGGAAGCAGCGCAGGAGUCGAACAACCUUCACGGGAGAGCAGCUGGAGGAACUGGAGAAAGCUUUCGAACGAACUCACUACCCCGACAUCUACACCAGAGAGGAGCUGGCUCAGAGGACCAAACUGACUGAGGCUCGAGUCCAGGUGUGGUUCAGCAAUCGAAGGGCCAGGUGGCGAAAACAAGCAGGAGCCAAUCAGCUGGCAGCAUUCAACCAUCUUUUACCAGGCGGAUUUCUUCCCUCAGGGAUGCCGACACUUCCAGCAUACCAGCUACCUGAGUCCAGUUUCUCCAACAACACAAUGUCCCAAGAUGGGAGUGGUACGGUUCACCGUCCUCAGCCGUUACCGCCAUCCUCCAUGCACCAGGGCAGUGCAUGCAGCGCAGAUACUGGCCCGGCCUAUGGCCUGGCCUCCACUCGCCAUGGUUUCUCCAGCUACUCCGACAGCUUCCUGAGCUCUGCAGCACCCAGCAACCACAUCAACCCCACCGGCAGCACACUCUCGCCACAAGUGAUGAACAUUCUGAGUAACUCCAGUGGUGUUUCCUCACAGCCACAACACGACUUCUCCAUCUCACCACUACACAGCUCCUUGGACUCACCUCCUUCCAACGCCAUUUCAGCCAGCUGCAACCAGCGUUCAGUUGAGGUUUCCAUCAAGACAGUGGACAGUCUGCCAUCAACCCAGUCCUACUGCCCCCAGACGUACAGCACCACCAGCUACAGCGUGGAUCCAGCCAUGGCUGCAGCCAGCUACCAAUAUGGUCAGUAUGGACAGACCACUGUGGACUACCUGGCUAAGAAUGUCAGCCUUUCCAGCCAGCGGCGGAUGAAGCUGAGCGAACACUCGGCUGUUAUGGGACUACUGCAGGUGGAGACGGGGCAGGCCUACUGAUGAACUUGUUCACCAGCACAACCUGUGCCUGCUGUCACUGUGCCAGGAAGCGGCACACCUCUGUGCCACACUGAUGUGGAGUAAUCCUCAU